AUGGCACACAGAUUCCUUGCAUCAACACCCCUCCUCUCCAGGACCUCGCUCUCCUUGACGGCACGUGCCAGGGCUGCUGUCCCAGCUCAGUAUGCCAACUAUGUCACCGCCUCCGCCGUUGUCAUGGCUGGUGGCAAGGCCAAAAAAGCCACACCCAAGAUCAAGGCACAAUCCAACUCGUUCCGCAAAAAGAAGGCCUCCGAUGAUGACAAAGGCGAGUCUGGAUCAGGAGGCGCUACUCGUUUGAACGAGAAGUACUACAAGCCCUCGGUUCCCGUCAAGGUCGAGGAGUUCCUUCCCUCGACCGCUACCAAGGAGCACGUUGGACAGGUCCUCGGAUUCCCCUCCACUGUCAUCCCCGCAUUGGCACAGACCGCUUACCCUACUCUCUUGAACGAGCAGUUCGAGUUGAUCAAGCCCGCUGCUUUGGUCGUUCGUGAGUCGACUGUCAGCUUCUUGGAGAAGGUCGACAAGGCCAUGAAGACCCCAUCAUCACAGAGCAGGAUCGUCCUUACUGGAGAGGCUGGGUCUGGAAAGAGUGCUCUGCUUUUGCAGACUGUCAGCCACUGCCUUUCUGCUGGAUGGAUCGUUAUCUACGUUCCCAAGGCUACCACAUGGAUGAACAGCUCUUUCGCAUACAACAAGGUCGCCAACACAACCUCCUUUGUCCAGCCUUUGCUCGCCUCCAACCUUGUCGGACAAAUUCAGAACGUCAACAAGUCCGUUUUGGAUAAGAUCACCACCUCAGAGACCGCCAUGGUUGGUCGUCACGAGGUUGAGAAGGGCACCAAGUUGAGCGCACUUCUCGAGGUUGGAGUCAAGGAUCAGUUCGCUGCUCAGGAUGUCAUGGAGGUUUUCAUGAAGGAGAUUGGCGCCCAGAACGGUAUCCCUACUUUGGUCGCAGUAGACGAAGUCAACAGCUUCUUCCGCCCCACACAAUACUUGAGCCAGGACGGCAAGGAGCUCGACCCUGAGCACUUGAAGUUGUCCAAGCUCUUCUUGAACUAUAUCUCUGGCAAGAGCACCUUCAAGCACGGAGCCGUUGUCGCCGCCACGAGCAACACCCUUUUGGCCAACAAGAGCGAGGUCCUGGAUGUCACUCUUGGCGUCAAGGAGGUUUCCCCUUACAAGCGUCUGUCCCAGACCAUCCUGCCCUGGACCCAGGGUCUGACCUCUGUCGAGGUACCGAACUACACGCGGGAGGAGGCCAAGGGUGUCUUUGAUUACUACAAGAAGGCCAACAUCUUCUUCGAUGCUGCAUCAGAACCCUUUUUCCUCAACAAGUUCAUCACCUCGAACGGCAACCCCCGUAAAUUCUUCACUUCCUGCGCAAAGGGCAUCUAA